CAGCAAUGUACCAGGAGAUUUUGGUAUAUAAGACUUCUAGUUCGGUCCAGAGAUCAGUCAGAAGGUUCACUAAACCGUCACAGACACUUAUAAUCAUUCAAUAUGUUCAAAUUGGUGGUUCUCUCUGCCAUUGUUGCAGUAGCAACAGCUCGCCCAGGGCUUCUCUCCUCUCCUCUUUAUACUACCCUUGUGGGAGAGAAGACAAUUGAAAGUCACGGCAAUGCGGUAGUUCACAGUGCUGUUCCCGUCGUCCACUCCUAUGAAGCAGCCCCAGUAGUUGUGGCACAGGAGCAACUCAUCGCCGAGAAGACAGUCUCCAGCCACGGGCACAGCAUUGUGCACGAAGCUGCCCCGGUAGUUCACACCUAUGAAGCGGCCCCAGUAGUUGUCGCACAUGAACCAAUCAUCGCCGAGAAGACCGUCUCCAGUCAUGGUCACAGCAUCGUGCACGAAUCAGCUCCAGUAGUUCAUAGUUACCAAGCUGCCCCUGUUGUUCUAGCACAGCAGCCAAUCAUCGCUGCACAUACUGUCUCCAGUCAUGGACACAGCAUUAUUCACGAAGCACCUGUCCUGUCUUAUGCAGCACACGCUGAUGCCAUCCACUGGUAG